AUGCUGCAGUACACGUGGUAUCGGAUUUUUCGUCUUUGGCUGAAUAUCGAAAUUCCGAACGAAGCACGCUCUACCAGUAGUUUCUCCUCUUGUCAUUUCUUGAGAAUUAGUAUCCUUAGUAAUCAUAGGUAUGAAGAUAACACUGCAACUGAAAUGCAGAGCAAUGGUUCACUGAAAGAUUCACUUUUCAGUGCAGAUAACAAUGACGCUGCUAAAAAAUCUGUUCUGGAACGACUUGUUUGCACUCCCAACGAAAAUGGUUUGGGAAAUCCAGGAGAAAUGAAAAAGAGUACUGAGCGAACAUCCAGUAAUGGUGGUGACAUUAGCCGGAUUCUUCAGCAGUUGGAGCAGUUGGUCCGAUCUGAUGACUGGAUCAGUAAAGAAGUAAAAGAUCAUGAGGAAAGUCCGCAACCUUCAGAAUCCUCCCAAAAGAGAGGUCACCUUGUCAUUCCACGUUUAUCGGAAUUGGGACGUACAUUGGUUACCAGUUCAUCCCUCAAAAGUUAUAUCAAUCUACUUGGAACCCAUCAUAGACAGUGUAUUGCUUCUUGGCUUUAUGGUAGCACAUCGCAAGCACUUAGCACACUCUUCCAUACACCCAACAACAAUUUGCACUGUUCUGAACGUGACUCAUCAUUUUCAAAUUCGAUCAAAACUGGAAUUGGUCAUGCGAUUCGUCUUGCAUUGCAUAAUACAUACGGUUCCGAUUACUGUUCAAAAGGAUGGCGCGCUUUUCUUGAGAUGGGCCCACCGGUGGUGUAUAUUUCACCUGCUUUACACAUCGAUCUUACUUCAUACCUCUCUACUGAAUACUUGAUUGGAGACAUUGUCAUUUUGAAGAAAUCAGAUGGAGAUCUUGCUGACAUUGAAGGCCGCAUUGACCACAUCGCAUUUGAAAAACAGCUUGAUGACGACAUUGCUGCUGGAAAGAAACCGCUGGUCGUGAUUGGAGUUGUUGGGUCAUCAAUCCUUGGGCAGAAUGAUAUCAUAAGUCGUCUUUUGGAAAUAAGGAAAUCCAAGGCUCAAUUCUGGUUGCAUGUUAUUGGGCAGGGUUUGGCUGCAUUGUGUUUGAAGGAACCGUCCGAAAUGCUGGUACACGUGUUAUCACAAGUGGACAGUUUCACGGCUUCCCUUGCGUUAUGGCUUGGUAUACCGACAGCACCCGUCAUUACAUUGCAUCGAUCUGUUAAUAAUUACAAGCCGUUAUAUCAAGAAAAACUGGCUGUACUGCCAUGGUGGGUCGCAUACCAUCAUUUGACAGCCUCCAAAAUUACUGAUACUAUCGAGAAUGCAUACUUCUUGAGCAAAGUGAUGCUUCAAGGUCUGACAGCUUUUCCCCAAAUCGAAAUUCUCGGUGUUGAGAAUCCUAUCGAAUUUGCAAAGCGCGUUUACAAAGGGAUCUGUACACCUCCCACUGUUCUGAUUUUCAAAUACAGAUGCCGAGACUUGAAAGAGGUUAAAAAAGAGAAGAUUCCCAGAGGUAACAGUCAAAGUUCUUCGGAUAUUUUGACAAACGACUAUGUAUAUUCGGGUGAUGCGAAUAACACGUAUUUCUACGCUUCUUCUGCGACAUUUGAUAACGAUAUCGACAAGCUAACAGAAUAUGCUGAUUCAUUGAAUUUUUGGGUGAUUUUUUUUACUCUCACUCAUGUAUUUUCAUUGAACUGUAUUCACGUGGACCAUGUGCAUAAGUUUACCAAGCAACUCUCCGAUGCGCUGGCAAUAAUUGAAUCGACUGUUACUGCAAAGAAACGUUUCAAGGAGGUUGUAUCGAAAUAUCCGUCGUUGGGACUAGCACCAGUUCGCAGAUGGGGUGGUGUUGGAGCUGUCUGUUAUAUACCUUCCAUUGUGAAGGAAACUCCAAUGAAUGAAUGGAACGAAAAACAGCGUCAACAGGUGUCUCAUUUGAACCUGGAACUGGUACAUUCUUUGCGAUUCGUAGACACAGCAUUCUCUAGUGGUGAAAGUCCUGCAUAUGGUGUUUCGUGUGUUAAAUUUGGCAUGCUUUCGGAUGACAAAGAUCUCACUGAUCUGGUCCAUUUGGUUGCAGAGCGUGGAAAAGAAAUUGAGCAGUCACAAAAGUAUAUAGACAGUUUGGCUGAAAUGAUACGUCAGGGAAUCGAGGCAGCAAAUAAGGAUUUAAAACGCGAGAAUGAUGCGCGGCUUAUGCAAGAGGGUAUGAUGAGGCAAAUUCCACUGAUGAGUUCAUUGGUUAACUGGUUUUCACCACUGGACAAGGACUUGCAGAGCAUUAAGGGUCGUUCGUUUGACUUAAAAACUGGUAAUACAACUUUUUACAUUCUUUAA